AUGAGGAGGGUCAUCCCGUUCAUCGCCUCGAACUACAGGCGCGACAAGAUCUGGCUGCGCCGCACGAAGCCCUCGAAGCGGGAGUACCAGAUCAUGGUCGCGAUCGACAACUCGAGGACGAUCAUGCAGGAGUGCGGCGUCGGCCCCAUGGCCCUGCAGACGCUCUGCAUCGUCUGCCAGGCCAUGGCCCAGCUGGACGUCGGCGAGUACGCGGUGCUCGCGUUCGGCAGCGCCAAGCCCAAGGUGCUGCUGCCCCUCGGCGCCGGGCAGCAGCACGCGGCCUCCUUCGGCUGGGAGCAGGCGCGCCCGCUCCUCACGGAGUUCACGUUCGAGGAGGAGUCCGCGGAGAGCCACAACCGCAGUUUCGCGGACAUGAUGCAGCUGAGCUCGUCCCUCUUCGACGAGCGGAGAACGGCGCGGGCCCGGUGCGGCCGUUCUCUCAGGUCAUGCUGCUGA